AUGUGUAUUCCGGGAGUCCCCACAGGCCACUCGGGAAAUGAUCAUUCAGCAUCGAUUGAUUUAACUCAAGCAAGUACCUCUGUUUCAAUCAUUGUUCCUACUCAAUCAGUUUCUAGUAGUUUUUCUAGUGAAGUUUUGACUGCAUCUACCCCAAGUACUUCUGUAAUUUCAACUGUGACCACAAAAGUUGACACUACCAUUGUGUCUACAAUCACAGACUCUAUUACCAUAACAUCCGAUAAUUCUGUAAUAAAGUCUCCAUCAGCAACUGGUACAAUCAUUGUACAAACUCCAUCAGUUACUAGUAGUUCUGAUAGAUUUGCUAGUAGUGGUUUGACUGCAUCUACUUCUGUAAUUCCAACUGUGACUACUAGCACCAUUGUUUCUUCAAUCACAGAUUCUGUUACCAUAACAUCUGAUACUUUUGGAACAGCAGUUUCUAGUACAAUCAUUGUUCCUACCCAAACAGUUUCUAGUGAUUUUAUUACUGCUUCUACCACUGUAUCUGUUACAUCCACUGUAACUUCCUCCACUGCAUCUGCUACCACUGGAGUAAUUAGUGUAUCUUCUUCUAUCAGUGAUGGUGGUUCUUCUAUUGUUCCUUCUUUACCACAAGCCUCUUCUACUUCUGUCAUUGUUGUGUGUGAGCCAUCUUCAAUAGUGUCUCAAACAAUAACUCCAACACCUAUUCCAGAACUUUCUGAAUGCUGCCAGAUUGGAAACAACACUGCCUAUACUAGAGAAAAUAUUGCCAGCUUAGAUUGCUUUAUUGAACAACAUCAUCAAGACAACGAGUGUAAUAGUGAGGCACUGACAUGUUGUGAAUGCUGUUACAUAGGAAGGAUACAAUCAGAGGACAACAAAGAAUGCAUCUUUCCAAAUUCAGUUGGGUUAUGUAGAAGUAUAACAGAACACUGCUGCAGCAGGAACAGAAUGGAGCAGUCUUCUAGCAGAGGUUUGUUAGGAUCAACACAAUGCAUAACAAGGACUGUGACUGUGGAACCAACAGGAACUAGUUCAGCAUCGAUUGAUUUAACUCAGGCAAAUACCCCAAUUUCAAUCAUUGCUCCUACGCAAUCAGUUUCUAGUGGAAUUGUGACUGGAUCUACUCCUAGUGCUUCUGUUAUUUCAACUGGGACCACAGAAAUUGACUCUAGUACCAUUGUGUCUACAAUCACAGACUCUGUUACUGUAACUUCUGAUAUUCCAGUUACAUCUACACAGUCGUUAUCUGGUACAAUUAUUGUACAUACUCCAUCAGUUUCUAGUAGUUCUUACAGUUUUGCUAGUGGAGGUUUGACUGCUUCAACUUCCAUUGUGUCUGCUACCACUGGAGUAAUUAGUGUAUCUUCUUCUGUCAGUGAUGUUGGUUCUUCUAUUGUUUCUUCUUUACUACAAGCCUCUUCUACUUCUAUCAUUGUUGUGUGUGAGCCAUCUUCAAUAGUGUCUCAAACAAUAACUCCAAAACCUAUUCCAGAACUUUCUGAAUGCUGCCAGAUUGGAAACAACACUGCCUACACUAGAGAAAAUAUUGCCAGCUUAGAUUGCUUUAUUGAACAACAUCAUCAAGACACU